AUGAAGUUCUCGACAUUGCUGCCUCUUGCGGCGUUGGCCGUCGCAGGCCCGAGCCUGGCGUUGAUCACGCCAGAUCCAGACUAUCAGCAGCUCUUCGGAGAAAGAGAUCUCGAUGGACCAUCACAAUUCCUUGAGCGACGACAACAGGGCAUUGGAGGUGCCGGUCAGAAUGGUCCCGGCUACCAGACUGUGCCUAAUGUACCCUUCAACGGCAACGAUUCGCUACCAUACUCGCCUCCCUUCUACCCAACACCCCAGACCAAGGGCACCACUCAAAAGUGGAAGGACGCGAUUGGAAAGGCGCGCGAGUAUCUUCAACAGUUCAACCAGACCGAAAAAGUCAUCCUCACCACCGGAUCCGGCUGGACCAAGGGCCUCUGCGUUGGCAACAUCGCCCCCAUCCCUCGUGUCAACUUUCCCGGACUGUGCCUCAUGGACGGCCCAGCCGGAGUCCGAGGCACCGAUCGCAUCACCUCGUUCCCAGAUGCCAUCACCGCAGCCGCCACGUUUGACCGCGAUCUUUUCUACAAGCGCGCCUACGCUCUGGGCGAAGAGUUCAAGACUAAAGGCGCGAAUAUCUGGCUUGGUCCUAUGAUGAACCUCGCCCGUUCCCCUGAGGGUGGUCGAUCCUGGGAAGGCUUCGGUGCUGAUCCUUACCUGAGUGGAGAAGGCUCCUACUUUUCCGUGCUCGGUGCUCAAGAUGCUGGUGUUCAGGCCACGCUCAAACACUACAUCAACAACGAGCAGGAGCACUUCCGCAACGAAGGCAGCUCCAAUCUCGACUCUCGAACAGAGCGAGAAGUCUAUCUUCAUCCUUUCCUUCGAGGCGUUCAAGCUGGUGCCGCUUCGGUAAUGUGCUCGUAUAACCUGGUCAACAACAGCUGGGCAUGCCAGAACUCGGAGUUGCUGAACAACCGCCUCAAGACCGAGCUCGGAUUCCCUGGCUAUGUCAUGUCGGAUUGGGGCGCUCAGCACGCUGGUGUCGCUACUGCCAACGCUGGUUUGGACAUGACCAUGCCCGGAGACGAGUUCUGCUGCUUCCCCCAAAAUGGCUCGCUGUGGGGCGGAAAUCUCACAACCGCCGUCAACAAUGGAUCGGUGGCGGCCACACGGCUGGAUGACAUGGCAACCCGCAUUCUCGCUGGUUGGUACCUCUUGGGACAGGAUCAAGGCUUCCCUGAGCCAAACUUUAACUUUUUCGACAAGAUGGAUCCCGCAACCAACGAGCACAUUGAUGCCACCGCUGACCACUACAAAAUUGCGCGCGAAGUUGCCAAAGCCGGCACCGUUUUGCUUAAGAAUCGUCGCAAUGCCUUGCCGCUGAACAAGCCACGCAACAUGGCUGUUGUUGGUUCAGACGCUGGUCCUCUCUAUCAAGGCGCCAAUUACUGGCCUGAUCGUGCUCAAAAUGGAGGUUUGCCCUACGGUACUCUCGGUCAAGGCUGGGGAUCGGGCGCAAACGACUACUCGUACUUCUUCUCGCCCUACGAGGCGCUGCAAGCACGAGCGCGCGAGCAACGCACCGACAUCCAGUGGAACUUUGACGACUUCAACAUCGCACAGAGCGUCAAGAUUGCCAACAUGACCGAUGUCGCCCUCGUGUUUGUCAGCGCAGAGAGCGGUGAGGGUUACAUCACUGUCGACCGGAACGAGGGAGAUCGUAACAAUCUGACGCUCUGGAACCAGGGCGAGCAGCUGAUCCGCAACGUGACCGCGGUGAACAACAACACUGUUGUCAUCAUCCACUCGGUGGGCGCUGUUGACAUGGAGAGCUUUGCCGACAACCCGAACGUGACUGCUAUCGUUUGGGCCAACUUGCCUGGCAGCGAGAGCGGUCGUGCCCUUGUCGACGUGCUGUACGGUGAUUACAACCCCAGCGGCCGUCUGCCUUACACGAUUGGCAAGAACCGCACCGACUACUCUGCCGACGUGCUGUACUAUAACGAUACUGUCACGCCCCAGAUCAACUACACGGAAGGGCUCAACAUCGACUACCGCCACUUUGACGCUAAGAACAUCGAGCCGCGUUACGAGUUUGGUUUCGGCUUGUCGUACACCAAGUUUGCCUACUCGGGAGCUUGGACGCAGCAGGUGGGCCAGGCCGAAAACAGCUGGUGGGGAUCUUCCAACGCCUCGUCGGGUCUGCCAGAGUGGCUCUUCCAGCCCAAGUACGAGGUGACUUUCUCGCUGACCAAUUCGGGUGAUUGCGAUGGACACGAAGUGUGGCAGGCCUAUCUCGAGUUCCCUCGUACGGCGGGCGAGCCUCCGAAGGUGCUGCGUCACUUUGGCCGCGAAUGGGUCAAGAAGUACGACACCAAGGAGGUCAAGUUCACACUCAGCCAGUACGACGUUUCGGUGUGGAACAAUACGAGAAACCAGUGGCACCAGCCCAAGGGCAAGCUGAAGGUUCUCAUCGGCGCUUCGUCUAGGGAUAUUCGCCAGGCUGUUGUGCUCAACUAA